GCCAAGCGGAGGUCAUAUGUACCAGAUAUAUCUUGCCCAGUGCAGCCUAUUAGUGGUUACAAAAGGCUCUGCGUAGCGCUCUUGUAUUCCGUUCCAGAGUUAAACAUCGUGUAGACUUUAGACAAUAUGCAUUUCACGUUUUCAAUAUCUUCGAGUCUCUUAUUAGCCACGGGAACAAUACAGUCGGCCUUCGCUCAUGUCGCACAACCUCCACCCGAAGACAGAAUAUGCACAGAAACUACAGUGGCGAUCCUAGGAGGUGGGAUGGCCGGUAUCACAGCAGCACAAGCUUUGUCAAACGCAUCGAUUCACGACUUCGUCAUUCUAGAGUAUCGAAAUACUAUUGGCGGGCGCGUAUGGAGUACAGACUUCGGUCAGGACAAGAAUGGAAAGCCCUACGUGAUAGAAUUUGGUGCGAAUUGGGUAUGGCUCAUGUAAACUUCCAAAAGCUAGAAGGCAAUUUUGCUAAGUUACAAGCGCAGUUACAUGGAGUUGGGACAAGUAUAGCAGGUAAGCGCCCAUAAUCUAUGUAUUUGGUCUUUGCUAACUUCAGGGAGAAAACCCACUCGUAACACUGG